CGCACCGGAACCUCCUUGUGACGUCAGUUAAAUGCGCCUGCUGUUGUGUCCGGCUGAGUUUAGUUUUACUUUUUGUCAUCAGAAAGGCUGGCCGCUGAGCAUGAGGAGCAGUUGCGUCCGGACCGAGGCGGACAGGACGUGAUGUGUGUCGGGCUUUUUAGAAGAAUGGCUCCGUGUUAACCGCUUCCUGCGCUCCUGCUGCUCUUCACGCGGUUCCAGGCGGCGUUUUACAGGCUUUAGAACUUUUAAAUACACGGCAAACAAGCCGGGAAGCUGCGACCAUGUCCCGACCGCACAGGAAGAACGACAUCCCGGACAGAUGGCAGGAUUACACCGCUGUGGGGAAGAGGCUGAAAGGGACUCGCUUCAUUGCCUUCAAAGUGCCUCUGAAACAGGCAUUGACUCGGAUGCUUCCCAGCGCUGAGGUGUUUGGGCCCUGGGAGCUGCUGGAUGCUCUGAAACAAGACGACCAAGAGCUGGGGCUGAUCAUCGAUCUGACUUUCACCACACGUUACUACAAACUGCAGGAUGUGCCUCAGUCGCUGCUGUGCGUGAAGAUCUUUACAGCGGGUCAUGAGGUUCCCAGCGAUGCUACCAUCCUGAGCUUCAAGCGCACUGUGCACAGGUUCCUCCAAGACAACAAGGACAAUGACAAGCUGAUCGGAGUCCAUUGCACCCACGGACUGAACCGCACCGGCUACCUGAUCUGCAGGUAUCUGAUCGACGUGGAGGGGAUGGACCCGGCGGAGGCUGUGCAUUUGUUCAACUCAUCACGGGGUCACACUAUCGAGAGACAGAACUACCUGGAGGACCUUCACCAUGGUCCAAAGAGGAGUAACCAGGGCAUCGAGGAGUCCGAGCUGGAACCGCAGAGAGGCCAAGCUGUCCAUCGGCCCACGUUCACAGCAUCCCUCAACAGAGCUGACACCCAAGCAGGCUUCAGCGACCCUUGGCACUACAGAUCACAUCCUCCCCAAGGACCAAUCCACCGCUCUCAUCCAUACCCCCACCAAUACGCAUACCCAGCCCGGCCUCCACUGCUUGCCCAUCCUCCGCUCGGUGUUCCUUCAUCAGCCUCUUACCAUCCGUACAGAUGGGCCCCCCUUCACCCAGAUGGUCAGCGAAGGAGACCUUCUAACCCAGAGAAGAACAGGUCCAGGUACCACUUACCCUCUGACCCCCAAUGGCACCCCUCCUAUGCCUUCCAGGACAAAGCUGGCGAGCCUCCACCCUUUCUUCAGCGCUACUCCCCCAACUGGACAUCUGGGCCUAAUGGUGGCAGAUCAGCUGAGGACUGGAGUCGGCCCAUAAUGGGACAGACAGUCAGAUCCGCCCAGAGGCACAGAGGAUAUGAGGAAUAUUAGUUACCAGAGCUGCUCAGCAGAGACCAGUUGAGGUUCAAUGUUAAUUUGGUUUUAAUGUUGGAGACAUGGCAGUGCCACCAUGCACCCCCUUGUUUUAAUAAACAGUCUAAGAUUAAAAAUGACAAUUUUAGGAAAAACUUUUAUUUUAUUUAGAAUUUUACCUCAGUAUCAUAAGUUAUUCACAAAGCAUCUUAGGUGUCCAGAGAGCUCCUAAAGAAAAAAAAAUGUUAGGAGUAGUGAGGAGGACUUUUAGCGACCCCAAGAGUGCUGGAAGCAGAGACGAUGGUGGAAACGGAGAGAGCUAAUUGGCUGAAAUACCAACUUAACAGUGGAGGAAAUGAGCAAAUAAACUUCUAUAACAAUCAUACAAAUAAUAAUAACUAAAUAAACUUUAUCAUCGCCACAAAGGGACAUUAAUUAGUUUCAGUGAAAAAAAACGGGUUAAAUGCAGCUCUAGUAACAUAAUUUUAUUGAGGACAAAUAUAGGAAAAAUCUUGAAUGAUCACGAAACAAAAAGUGGAAAAAUUUACAAAGAAUUUAUAAAGAAUAUAAAUUAAGAUAUUUGCAGAAAUGUAAAUAAUAAGAACAAAUUACAUAAACUCACUCUAGACCAGCUAAAAGAGGUAAAGUAUUUUCUGUAUUGUAUAAUAAUGUCAUCAGCCUAAAUGUUGAUCAAGAGCAGGGGUCACCAACCUUUUAGAAACUAUUUCAUCGAUGUUGUCAUAUGAAGGGCUAUCAGUACAGACCUUUGAACUCGAGGAGUCACCUUAACUUCAUGUAAAAAAAUACAUUUUUCAUGCUUUGUUA